AUGUCUACACGUAAAGAAAUCAACAAACAACUUUAUUACGCUGUGGAUAGAAGUGAUGUGGAGACAGUCACUCGUUUGAUUAAAAGAGGAGCAGACGUUAAUACACGUGGCGGGUUUCAGAAUUGGACUGUUCUGAUACAAGCUUGUUAUGAUGAUAACAAGGAAAUGGUUGAGCUGCUAUUAAGAAGUGGAUCAGACGUGAAUAAGACUACCAAAGAUGGAGAGACAUCUUUGAUGUGUGCAGCAUUCAGAGAAAACGAAAAUAUUUUUGAUUUACUCAUCAAACAUCAUUCAGAUGUGUUGAAGAAGACUAAAUGGGCAGAAACUGCUAUUCAUUAUGCUGCAGGAAACAAUCACGUGACCAUUGUUGAAAAGCUAUUUUCUCUUGACGUGUAUGUUGAUAUCAAUGAUAACGAAGGCUGUACACCACUGUGGUUCGCUGCUCAUAAUGGUCAUGUUUCUUGUGUUGACUCUCUUUUAAACCAUGGAGCAAGUCCUCACCAUAAAAGUCAGAAGGGAUCACCACUGGAUGUUGCUAAGCUACGUGGUCAUAUUGAUGUGAUACAAAUGAUGGAAGAAGCCAUAAGAU